AUGGUCCUCCGCAUCCGCCUUGCCCGCUUCGGCACCAAACGCAAGCCCGUCUACAACAUCGUCCUGGCGCAGGCCAAAUCCGCACGCGGCAAGAAACCAAUCGAAGUACUGGGCACGUACAAUCCGAUCCCUCAAUUACCGCUCGCGACCCCAGAUACGCCCGAAUUCCUGCCGCACGGCGAGAAGUUCGUCCCCAAGAAGUUCAAAGAUAUCCAGCUCGACAGCUUGAGGACGAAAUACUGGUUGGGUGUGGGUGCGCAGCCGACGGAGCCGGUCGCAAAGUUAUUACAUUUGAUUGGUUUGAUCGAACCGAAACCCUCGACGACGAAACAGCAAAAUACUUCACCGACGAUACAACCUCCAGCCUCGAAAUCUCCUCCAGCGGACGCAUUAACGAAUUGA